CAGCACGAGAUUUUCUCAUGUUUGUUUGAGAUUCGUAGGUACUCGCAGCUAGUCCUGAACCCAAAGUUGAAAAAUUUCGACGCAGUACUUACUUUAUCGGAAUUUUCUUUACAGCAACAUUAUAAUGAUACUGUAUGACUGAUUUUCGAUUGAUCCGUUUAACCGGAUUCUUUCCCGUGGUGUUACAUACUGCCUACUGGUUUGAUCCACUCUGGAGCCUUUUCAACAAUAUUCAUUUGCUGAUUUGCCUACUUAACCCGUCGUCUUAACUCUUAUGAUCAUGCCAAUGAUGCCACUAGAAAUGAGCUGAAGAAUGGUUGCGAUCGGCUUAGAGUGCCAUUAGAUCAUAUGUUCCUAUCGAUUUAGUUCUUUGCUUCCCGCGCACACCAUGCGUCUCCCUCCGGAUGUCGUUGUUGUUUUGCUUCUGAUUCUGGAAUGUUGUGCGGCCAUAGAGCCACUUACAAUGGGCGGACUGGCGAUUGGUGCGUUGACUUCUGCCGGAGUAGCAUUAUACGCAAACUUCAAAUGCAAAAUCCUCGAAUGCUGCGCCGAGCCGUACGUUCGCUCUCCCGAAAGAGUGGACCGGACGCUGAAAUCUAUCCUGCAUUCUCGGGUCUAUGGUCAGCACAUCGCCAUCGAUCUGGUGCUCUCCAACGUGCACAAUCACCUGACAACUUCACCCAAAAAGCCCUUGGUUAUGUCAUUCCACGGCGGGACGGGAGUGGGUAAAAAUUACGUCGCUCGACUGAUUGCGCAAAUGAUGUUUAAGAAAGGCACCGACAGUAAGUUUCACCAUUUGCUCAUUUCCACUUUGGAUUUCGCUUCCGGGGCGAAUGUGGUCGCGUCGCGAAUGCACUUGCAGAGUUUGGUGAAAGGCAACUUAUCAGAAUGCCCGCGCAGCCUGUUCAUCUUUGAUGAAGUGGAGAAAAUUCCAUCGGGAAUUUUGGAUGGAUUGCAGCCGUUUUUGGAUUAUCAUGAUAGUCUCAUCCACGGCGUGGAUCCGCGAAAAGCUAUCUUUAUUUUCCUGAGCAACACAGGACGCCGUCAGAUUGAUACGAUAGCGUACGAAGCGUGGGAACACGGUCGAUCGAGAGAAAGUCUGACGAUACAGGACUUCCAGAAGACGCUGCAGUUGAGCGCUUUCAACGAGAAAUCCGGAUUAUUGUUGAGCGAUUUGAUUCAGGAGGAAUUAGUGGAUAUUUACAUUCCCUUUUUGCCGCUAGAAAGGAAGCAUGUUGAAGGAUGCAUUCGGGAUUAUAUUACGGAAAGCAAUUACACCAUUAAUGAAUCCGUGGUGGAGAGCAUAGCCGACGAACUGGAUUAUCUGCCGAAGGAAGAUCCGCGCUUUUCUGCAACCGGAUGUAAACGUAUCCGAGAGAAGUUUGUCGGAUUCAAGCACAAACUACAGAAAAUUGUUCCGCAGGAUGAGAAAUUGCAAGCAAAACGUUCUUCGGAAGAGGAAGCAGAGGGGUAACAUUACAAAGAGGCGUCACCCGCGCGUUGUUUUAACGGUGAUGUCGGGUAUUUUUUCUAUUUUACUGUGAUUUUAGAUUGUGCAUUGACUGCUUUCGCGCGUCGUUUAGGGCUGUGUCACGGUUUGAUUUUUGCACCUGGUAUUGGUGGGUUUAAACUGGAAACAAUUUCAUAAUAAUAAUCCGGAAAAUGAUUGCACUCCCAUAGUAAAAAUAUAGUGUACAUUUAAUUACGUAUUUUCUCUUGUGAAUUUGUAGUAA